CACAGGCGGGGGUAUAUAAGUUACUGUGCACUGUGCCUCUGCAGGGAGUCACAGGAGGACCUGACUGAGGAUAGCAGCCUUUUAUCUGUGGAGUCGGGACACAAGAGAGGCCUCAAAAUGGGCCUGGGUAAAGGAAAUGACAAGUACAAGCUGGCAGCCACCUCCGAAGAUGGAGGGAAAAAGGCUAACAAAAAAGCCAAAAAAGUUUCAGAUAUGGCUGACCUGAAGAAAGAGGUCGACCUGGAUGACCACAAACUGACCUUGGAUGAGCUUCACCGCAAAUACGGAACAGAUCUGACCAGGGGUUUAUCCUCCUCUCGUGCAAAAGAGGUCCUUGCUCGUGACGGUCUCAAUGCUCUGACCCCUCCGCCCACCACCCCAGAAUGGAUCAAGUUCUGCAAGCAGCUCUUUGGUGGGUUCUCCACUCUGUUGUGGAUUGGAGCCAUCCUCUGCUUCUUGGCUUACGGUAUUCAGGCUGCCUCUGAAGAUGAACCAGCAAACGAUAAUCUGUACCUGGGUAUUGUGCUUUCUGCUGUCGUCAUCAUCACUGGUUGUUUCUCCUACUAUCAAGAAGCCAAGAGCUCAAAGAUUAUGGAAUCCUUUAAGAACUUGGUCCCUCAGCAAGCCCUGGUUGUGCGUGAUGGAGAGAAAAAGAGCAUCAAUGCUGAGGAGGUGGUGGCUGGAGAUCUGGUGGAAGUGAAAGGUGGAGACAGAAUCCCUGCUGACCUGCGUAUUGUCUCCGCUCAUGGCUGCAAGGUGGACAACUCCUCCCUCACAGGAGAAUCUGAGCCUCAGUCUCGUUCCCCUGACUUCUCUAAUGACAACCCCUUGGAGACCAAGAACAUUGUUUUCUUCUCCACCAACUGCGUUGAAGGCACUGCCAGAGGAAUUGUCAUUAACACCGGUGACCGUACUGUCAUGGGUCGGAUUGCCUGUCUGGCAUCCAGUCUGGAUUGUGGGAAAACCCCUAUUGCCAAGGAGAUUGAGCACUUCAUCCACAUCAUCACAGGCGUGGCCGUCUUCCUGGGCGUCUCCUUCUUCGUCCUCUCUCUCAUCCUUGGAUAUGGAUGGCUGGAGGCCGUCAUCUUCCUCAUUGGUAUCAUUGUCGCCAAUGUGCCAGAGGGUCUGCUGGCUACUGUCACUGUGUGUCUGACCCUGACUGCCAAGCGCAUGGCCAAGAAGAACUGCCUGGUGAAGAACCUGGAAGCCGUGGAGACCCUGGGCUCUACCUCCACUAUCUGCUCUGACAAGACCGGAACUCUGACCCAGAACCGCAUGACGGUGGCCCACAUGUGGUUCGACAACCAGAUCCAUGAAGCAGACACCACCGAAAACCAGUCAGGAACCUCUUUUGAUCGUUCCUCUGCCACCUGGACCGCCUUGGCACGUGUUGCUGGCCUGUGCAACCGCGCUGUCUUCCUGGCCGAUCAGCAGAAUGUCCCCAUCCUCAAGAGAGACACAGCUGGUGAUGCCUCUGAGUCUGCCCUGCUGAAGUGCAUUGAGCUGUGCUGUGGCCCAGUGAAAGAGAUGCGUGAGAAGUACGACAAGUUUGCCGAGAUCCCCUUCAACUCCACCAACAAAUACCAGGUCUCCAUCCACAAAAACCCCACCCCUGGAGAGCCCAGGCACCUGCUGGUGAUGAAGGGAGCCCCGGAGAGGAUCCUGGACCGCUGCUCGUCCAUUCUGCUUCACGGCAAAGUACAGGCCCUGGACGAUGAGAUGAAGGAUUCCUUCCAGAAUGCCUAUGUUGAACUUGGAGGUCUAGGAGAAAGAGUGCUGGGUUUCAGCCAGCUUAGCCUGCCCGACGACCAGUUCCCUGAGGGCUUUGCAUUCGAUUGCGAUGAGGUGAACUUCCCCACUGAGAACCUUUGCUUUGUUGGCCUCAUGUCCAUGAUUGACCCUCCUCGUGCUGCUGUGCCCGAUGCUGUGGGCAAAUGCAGGAGUGCUGGCAUCAAGGUUAUCAUGGUGACUGGUGAUCAUCCCAUCACUGCCAAGGCCAUUGCCAAGGGUGUGGGCAUCAUCUCUGAAGGAAACGAGACUGUGGAGGACAUUGCCGCUCGCCUAAACAUUCCCGUUAGUGAGGUCAACCCAAGAGAUGCCAAGGCUUGCGUGGUCCACGGUAAUGAGCUGAAGGACAUGGAGACUGACCUUCUGGAUGACAUCCUGAAGUACCACACUGAGAUUGUGUUUGCCAGAACCUCUCCCCAGCAGAAGCUCAUCAUCGUAGAGGGCUGCCAGCGACAGGGUGCCAUUGUGGCUGUGACAGGUGAUGGUGUCAAUGACUCUCCUGCCCUGAAGAAAGCCGACAUUGGUGUUGCUAUGGGUAUCUCCGGAUCUGAUGUCUCUAAGCAGGCUGCUGACAUGAUCCUUCUGGAUGAUAACUUUGCCUCCAUCGUCACAGGAGUUGAAGAAGGUCGCCUGAUCUUUGACAACUUGAAGAAGUCCAUCGCCUACACUCUGACCAGUAACAUUCCAGAGAUUUCACCUUUCCUCCUCUUCAUCUGCGCCAACAUCCCACUGCCUCUGGGCACAGUCACCAUCCUCUGUAUCGACCUGGGCACUGACAUGGUUCCUGCUAUCUCCCUGGCUUAUGAAAAAUCUGAGAGUGACAUCAUGAAGAGACAGCCGAGAAACCCAAAAACAGACAAGCUGGUGAAUGAGAGGCUUAUCAGUAUUGCCUACGGCCAAAUUGGAAUGAUGCAGGCCACCGCAGGAUUCUUCACCUACUUUGUGAUCCUGGCGGAAAAUGGAUUCCUCCCUAUGGACCUGAUAGGUCUCCGUGUUGAUUGGGAUGACAAAUCCAAUAAUGCAGUUGAAGACAGUUAUGGUCAGCAGUGGACAUAUGAACGCAGAAAAAUAAUAGAGUUCACAUGCCACACGGCAUUCUUCGCUAGUAUUGUGGUUGUGCAGUGGGCUGACCUCAUCAUCUGCAAAACAAGAAGAAACUCCAUCAUUCAGCAAGGAAUGACGAAUAAAAUCCUCAUCUUUGGCCUGUUUGAGGAGACAGCCCUGGCAGCUUUCCUGUCAUAUUGCCCUGGCAUGGACGUCGCCCUCAGAAUGUACCCACUCAAGCCUUGCUGGUGGUUCUGUGCCUUCCCCUACUCACUGCUCAUCUUCCUUUAUGAUGAGGGCAGGAGAUAUAUCCUGCGGAGGAACCCUGGAGGCUGGGUCGAACAGGAAACCUAUUAUUAGUGUGCAAACCAGUGCACACCACCUCACACACUCACAUGCAUGCAUCUCCCAUUUGUACCCUGCAGACGCAUUUUGUAUUCCCAAUAUGUGUGAGAUGUUGAGAUGGCAUUGCUUAUAACUUAAAAUGAAAUAUCACUCCAACCGAAA